CUGAACAUAAACCUUGUAAAGCGAGAAGCCGUAACACGUGGGGAGAACUGAAAUAUGGGUAAAGUAAAGAAAGAAAAGAGAAAAUCGGAGGGUGGUGAAGAGACCGAAAAAGAGGAAAAAGAAGAAACAUGGGAACAAAAAACGAAGUACAUGUGUGCAAUAGCACAACCAUUGGCGUCCAGAAAAUUGACCAAACGACUGUAUAAAGUCAUUAAAAAAGCAGGGAAACAAAAUAAGUUACGGAAAGGUGUGCGUGAAGUGCAGAAAUAUGUUCGGAAAGGAGAAAAAGGAAUCAUGGUUAUUGCUGGCGAUGUGAGCCCAGUGGACGUGAUUUCUCACAUGCCACUUGUAUGUGAAGAAUCGAACAUUCCAUACUGCUACGUACCUUCUAAAGAUGAUCUAGGCUCUGCGUGUGGCUCCAAACGUCAGACCUGUAUGCUGCUUAUCAAAUCCCACGAGGAUUACCAAGACAUUUACGAUGAAGCAUUUGAAGACCUUAAGUCACUUCCUGCUCCCUACUGAUGACAACAUUAACAGGUGCUGAUGAAAUUUCAUGAAGACCAUCAAUAAACAUUUACAAAUGGGUUGGAAGACAUCACUGAACUGAUUGUGUGCAUAAUGCAAGGCUAUGAAGUGGAGAGUGAUGAUUUAGCAAUGGAUGCUCAGAAGUUAAAUAGGUUAACAACAUUACAAAGUGGAGAACAGUAUAUGGUUCUCGACAGCAUAUUAAAUACAAACUAUCCAGCUCAUGACAUUUAGAUCAUCUUGCGACAGUAAUAAAAGUAAAUACCUGAUAAUAAUUAAAAUGUGGUUGCAGAUCUAUUUUGCAAAAGGUUUUUUGUGCGUGGACACUCUGAUUACCAUCAAGAUUGCUGAGGACUGGAACAACACAUACCUUUUGUUCAGUUACGUUUUAUUCAGAUGCAUCAUUUUCAUCAAUCACUUUCUAUUCAAAUAUGCCAUUUUGAUCACUUACGUUUUAUUCAAUUAUAACAUACUAGUGUGUGUAUGGUGUAAGUAACAAAGUGUUAGGUUGUAUGUGAAGGGAUUUGAUUGCAAUGGGAAUUGUAAACUUGAUAAAUUUGAAGUAACCUGUAGGUUACUAGAUCUGUAUUUUGUGGUUACCAGCCACUGUGCUUGGUUGUAAAUUCGAUGCCUACUUCAGAAAUUUGUAGGUUAAUAGCAUCUAAUGAUAUGGUAGAACGUUAUUACUGACGGCAAACAUUUAUUUUAACAAUGCCUUUCUUAUUUCAUUUACCCAGUUUUGGGCUUGUAUGAUUAUUAUACAAAAUAAAGCCAACUGAUUUUUUUAGAAUCAA